AAAAGAAAAACUAAACCUAACAAGACGUGUUUCGGCUGGUAAGAGCUGGAGCAUACAGGUUCCGGGAAAACAUCUAUUGAAGUUAAGCUACUGAAAGGGCAUUCACCAUUAAACCACAACCCCAUCCACUGCAUCGUUGCCUAGGAUACCGAUAAGUACAGUUGCUUCCAUGCGCCAGAAAAAAACCCCGCACAAAAUACAACACCUUACGCGUCAAACGAAGAUAACACGCACAAACCUCCCACCCCCGCAACACACACACACACGCACGCACACACACGCACACACACACACACGCGCACACACACACACACACACACACACAUUUCUCGGCGUACGUAUCUGAGCUCUGAGCUUGGGCGGAACGGUAUAAGGCCCCACUUCGUUUUGCAGACACUGCACCGUCUUACAGCGGCUCCGAGAGUAUUGUGAUGUGAAUAUUAAUGACGAUACACGAGGCAAUGCGCUCAUUCUUACGAUCUUAAUCAAUCUGAAAGGACAUUGGAUGAAGAGCAGCAUGGCAGAGCUUCCUGAUGAAACCGACAUGCUAACAGAACAAGAGAUCAAUGGCUCACUUACGCCUAACCCUCUGCCAGCAUCUCUGUGGAGAAGAAUGUGGAGAGCGAGCAUUACAGCUAUAGCAUAUCUUCUUCUAUACAUUCUCUCUCAAGUUACAGGUUUGUGGGUUCUUUACAUGCUGAAUGGAUACAGAGCUUGCCCAGCAGCAUAUAAAGUGUUGGGCCUCCUCCAGUACAUUCUGUCAAAUGCAGAGUCUUCUGACCAACAGAUGGAGAUUUGGAGAGUUGAGUGUGUAUGUCCACUAUUAGCAACACUGUUCCUCGGAGUAGUUAUCCUUGGCACUGGAGCAUUGUUCUGCAUUAGAACUUUGGUGCCUGGUAACUCCACUGGCUUUCAUGACCGUCGUCAAUCCAUGAGCAGACAGCCAUCCUUUACUUACUCAGAGUGGACUGAUGCCAAGCAGGAGGAUUUUUAUGAGCUGGAUGCAGUUCCUGAGACACCAGUGUUUGAUUGCUUCAUGGAUAUGAAGACAGAUGAUGACCCGACUACCCUCAAGGUCAAACCAGUGGGCCUGCAGGAAAGGAGAGGUUCAAACGUGUCUCUGACUUUGGAUAUGUGCACUCCUGGCACCACAGAAACAUAUGGGAUGCUGUUGUCUCCUCGAGACCAGAGUGCACAAGAGUACUUGGAGAAUGCAUCUAACCCUCUCACACCAGCACAGCUACAUAUACGUGCUCUGGAUGAUGCUGUUCUACAAGCUGAGUUCUAUGAGGCACCUAUGAACUUUGUGGACCCAAAGGAAUAUAACAUUCCAGGUGUAGUGAGGAAGAACCGCUACAAAACAAUCCUGCCAAACACACACAGUAGGGUUUGCCUUCAAGGAACAGAGGAGGAUGACUUUCUCAGCACAUACAUCAAUGCUAACUACUUGAAGGGCUAUGGUGGGCAAGAGAAGGUAUACAUUGCCACUCAGGGUCCAACUGUAAACACAGUGGGAGAUUUCUGGAGGAUGGUUUGGCAGGAACACUGCCCAAUCAUUGUCAUGAUCACCAACAUUGAGGAGAAAAAUGAGAAAUGCACCGAGUACUGGCCAGAGGACAGUGUGACCUGUGAAGGCAUAGAGAUCACUGUCAAACAGUUCAUUCAGGCUGAUGACUACAGUCUGAGGAUAUUCACUGUGAAGUAUGAAGGUGAGGAGCGCAGUCUCAGGCACUACUGGUACACAUCAUGGCCAGAUCAGAAAACACCAGAUAAAGCCCCACCUCUUUUACAAUUGGUCCAAGAAGUGGAGGAAGCGAGGAAACAGGCUCCACCCUCUAGUGGCCCUGUUAUUGUUCACUGCAGUGCAGGAAUUGGCCGCACUGGCUGCUUCAUUGCCACUGCUAUCCUGUGUAAGCAGCUUAGACAUGAAGGAGUGGUGGACAUCUUGAGAACCACCAGCCAACUACGAUUGGACAGGGGUGGCAUGAUUCAAACAGCUGAGCAGUACCAGUUUGUGCAUCAUGUUCUGAGUUUGUAUGAAAGACAGCUGACUUGGAGACCAGAAGAAUAGCAUUUGCCACAGCACAUCCUAACCCACUAUCAAUCUGUCAACACUUUACAUCUGCCUGCACAAGACCUCAACAAGUCAAGCAUCUGUUGUGCUCCUGCUAGACUGUAUAAUAGUAUGAUCUAUUGUUAAAUGUUGGGUUAUGUGUAAACCUGCAAGACUUUAACUCAGGGCUUCAACUCCCCAAUAUGUUUCUGUGUCAUCAGAAUCAGUACUACUUCAUAAGGCAUCAUGGGGGACCAGGGCAUGCUCUCAGCUAAAGUUACAUUAACAGUGAACCAUGCCUAUUCCUUAAUGCCGCUCCCACUCUCCACCAAUCCUGACCCUGGCCUGUGGCCUUAAGAUAUUUAAUAAAUAUACACUCACUGAUGACUUAAUUAGGAACACCUGUACAUCUGCUCAUUCAUGCAGUUAUCCAGUCAGCCAAUCAUGUGGCAGCAUAAUGCACUGAAUCAUGCUGAUACAGGUAAAGAACUUCAGGUACACAUCAAAUAUCAGAAUGGGGAAAAUGUGAUCUCUGUGACUUGGUGCCAGAUGGACCACAUGAUGGGCUGAUUAAAUAACUGCAUGAAUGUGCAGUUAUACAGGUGUUCCUAAUAAAAUUUCAGUGAGUUUACAUACCUGACAAUUUUUUUUAAUUAACUGUCAAACUGCAGUAUGAAUUCUUGCUGAGUUAGUAAGCGAUUUUUUUAUAGACUCCCCAAAACUAUGAAGUGCCUUGAAACAGUAUAUAGCUCCAAAUACCAUUCAGUGUACGUUUUUAAAUUUAAAAUAAUUAAUUUAUAAUAUUUUGUUCCCUAUUUAUCUAGUGUCAUAGCUUAUCCAACUUAACUAGAAUUUACUGAGCCUGUAAAAUUAUAUAUUUGAAAUGUAAAAUAUAAAAUGUGAAGUGUCGGUUUAAAAACAUAUGUUUAAAUAAUUCUAACAGUAUUAAAUAAAAUAAAUAGUAGUUCUGAUACAAUACAUAAAUGCCACCCAGAAAUAUUACUGUUUGGUCACACUGAGUACUGUACACACAGGCCCAUAUUAGUCCCAUAAUUUAAA